AUGGAAAAGAACAUCUGCUAUCGGCAACGAAGGAGAAAAGAAGUCGUCUACGACGAUUGCGUACUCGAGGACUCCUUGUCCCAAGGUGACUGGCACAUUGAGGAGGACCCAAACGUGGACUACGAGAUGCUGCUCAGAGGAUUACGAGCCUGCGUUGAACGUGCCUCGAAUCCGAAGCACACUGAGCGGUUAGUAGCAAACACUAGCUGCAGAAAAGCGUUGCAGGAGGAUCUUUUGAAGUACAGGCAGAAGAAAAUUCUAGAAGCAGCACAAAGAAGAACGAGUCUAAAGAAGUGCCGCAGGGAUCUCCGCGAAUAUAAUAUUCCGCUAGCAACCUUGCUGAGCGAAGACGGGACUCGCACAUCUACUCGUCGUGAGAUGGAAAUCAUUACGGAGAGGUUCUACUCGAACCUUUUCCGUUCAUCAACUCCUGUGUCAAGCCCAAUCAUCCCCACUGGCGAAGCUCCACCACGGAUUCUCCCUUCCGGAGUACGAGUCGCUAUCAAGAGCAUGAAACCUGGCACAGCCCCCGGACCUGAUUUUAUAUCAGCAGAUUUUCUUCGGGCUGGUGGCCAUCCGCUUCAUGUAAUCUUAGCAGCGCACAUGACAUCCUAUCUUCAGAAAGAAAGGAUCCCAGACCAGUGGAAGACCUCGCCAACCGUUCUUUUCCAUAUGAAAGGUGACCGAGAGGACCUUCGCAACUACCGUCCGAUGUGCUUGCUGAGCGUGUUAAACAAAGCAUUCACCAAGAUCCUCCUCACACGCAUAUCUAGGACGCUGGAUGAAGCCCAGUCUCAAGAACAAGCUGGAUUUCGCCAGGGGUUCAGCUGCUUGGACCACAUCCAGACCGUGUCGAGGGUCAUAGAGGUUUGCCGGGAAUACCGCCUGCCCCUUGUUCUAACCUUCUCGACUAUGAGAAAGCCUUUGACAGCGUAG